UUCAUCGAUGGCGGUAUUCAUGCACGAGAAUGGGUUGCUGUGAUGUCGGUUGUGUACUUGAUUCACGAAUUAGUGGAACAUUCGAGCUCUCACGCGGACAUGCUGAACAAGGACUGGAUCAUCAUUCCUGUUGCCAACCCUGAUGGCUACGAGUUUUCGCACACCAAUAACCGAUUGUGGCGUAAGAAUCGUUUCCCUGCUACAAUUCUGUGCACUGGUAUCGAUUUGAAUCGCAACUGGGACUAUAUGUGGGAAUUCUCGAGCAAUGCCUGCUCUGAGUCGUACGCAGGAACGAAUGCUUUUUCGGAGUUGGAAACUCAAGCUCUGAACCGUGUCAUGCAGCAGCACGCACGAUAUAUGGUGCUCUACCUCGCCGUUCACACUCAUGGGAAUAUGAUCCUGUACCCCUAUGGAUACGCCUGGCCUUUCAUUCCAGUGUCGAAUCAAGCCGCUCAUAUUGCCCUAGGGGAGUUAGCCCGUGACGCGGUCACCAGCGUCGGUGGGCCACUUUACGUUGUUGGCAAUAGUGCCGAGAUCCUGUACACCGCCAAUGGUUGCAGUGAUGACUACGCAGCGGGAGUAAUUGGCUCCCGAUACGCGUUCACUCUCGAGCUAACUGGAGGUGGACUUACCGGGUUCGAUCUGCCUGCUAGCCAGAUUAUGGCCGUCGCGUCUCAGACAUUCCAGAUCUUCCACACAAUGGCCAACAACGUUUAA